UCAAAACCACUCUUAGGAAACGUGCUAGAUACGAAGUCUCUGAUUGGCCAAUUUUUGCGCGAGGUCAUAGUGCAAAGCAAAAUGGCGGCCUCCAUGCUUCUUGCAAAAAGUCGUGGUCUUAUUUUCACAAAUUUCAGAGUUUUAACGUGCCAAAGAAGAUUUUAUACGAGUGACAAAGGGCCAGGGGAUACUGCUGAUGUUGCUGAGGGGAAACUUACACAAGACAGCCCGCCAGAGGCAGCGAAAACGGAAGAAACGGCGGUGAAAAAGUCGGGGUUUGCGAGAGCCUUUGAAAAGCAUGAAGACUGGGAACACUUGGAGGAAAAGCUUUCCGCACCUUCAGAAUUAGACCAGAAUGCUAGCACAGAAGUAAAGGACCCUCCAAAACUGUCUGGAUUUGCUGCAGCUUUUGAAAAACAUGCUACAUUGAAGGACACAUCUCAGGACUCUGGGAUCCAGGAUGAGAGUUUUGCGUCCAUGUUGCGUCGAUCGCCGCUGGUCCAGCUGGGAGAUGUUAAAGACAGGGUCGUGCUGGGGAAGGUGUUUCAUGUUGUAGAGAGCGACCUUUACAUCGACUUUGGGGGCAAGUUCUACUGCGUGUGUCCCAAGCCUGGAAAAGAGCCAGAGAAAUAUCACAGAGGAGUGAAGGUACGAUUGCGACUGAAGGACCUGGAGCUUUCCACGAGGUUUAUCGGAGGGACCAAGAACGCCACACUCCUAGAAGCCGACGCUGUUCUUCUAGGUCUUCACAGCCCCUUGGAAGGAGAUAGGCCAAGACAAUGAAUAACUAACCAACAAUAUGUAGCCUGGUUUAUACCAAACCUAUGUUAGCUGCUGAGUCCUCUCCAACAAAAGAGACCUGGCAGCUAAAAUAGGUGUGGUAACCAGACCAAAGAAGAAGACCCAUCCAAGAAGGUUGUUGUUAAAGAAAGUUAUGUUCGUUCACUUUGAAAGAGACUUUUCUAGUGAAAUACAAAGAAAGUUGCGUUCGUUCAUGUUGAAAGAGACUUUUCCAGUAGAAUAUAAAGAUUUCAUGUUGAUAUAAUAAAAGAUACAGCUACA